AUGUCGAGCUUCCUCCACAAAGCAGAAGACGCUCUACACUUUCACCACCACAAACACCAGUCCCAAGACCAGCAUGCCAAGACACCAACAACCGCAACCGAACAACGCCCUCAUGACCCCAGGUCCCCUGCCGCGGAAGCUCCUCCCCAGGCUGUAGCCCAAGAAGAAACACCCCACAACCACGAUCACGAUCACGACCACAAAAAGCACAGCCACAGCCACAGCCACAGCAAACGCGACUCGCACCACCCCAGCCCCGCGGAGAUCGCGCGAGCCGACUUCCUAGCCGACCGACAAUACGACCGGAUCCUGAAGUCGCCCGACCACGGCGCGGGCAUCGGCUUUGAGAUGUAG